AUAUUGAAAAGCAAGAAAUGUCAGUUUUCAAGGAUAUCAGAACAUUCCAUAAACAGACCAGAGAGAUCCUUAGGAAUGAAACCCAAAUCCAUGUAAAUUCCACUUCCACAUCAAAGCCUUUGUCCAUUGCUUCACAGGAAAUAGGUGGUGGUGCUGGUGCUGGUGGAGGUGUUGCAUUCAUGGAAUCUUGUGAAAGAUCAAAUUGAAAAGCACCCAAUACCUAAAAAUUCCUUCCUUUUUCAGUCUGUUGUGAAGGGUAUUUUAUAGAGAGGGAAAGUUUCUUUCUUUUAGAGAUAGAGAUGAAGGAGUUGUUUGGGAGUCCAGGGAGAGUCAGUGGGCUGGGAUUGAGAGUUGGGCAGUUUUCUUUUGCAGCUGCUUCAAUUGGAGUCAUGGUCUCUGCUCGUGAAUUCUUCAACUCCACUGCUUUCUGCUAUUUGAUUGCAUCAAUGGGGCUUCAACUACUUUGGAGUUUUGGGCUUGCGUGCCUUGAUCUGCAUGCUUUGAGAUCAAAGAGAAACCUGCAAAAUCCUGUCUUAGUGAGCCUAUUUGUUGUUGGUGACUGGGUUACAUCUCUUCUAUCACUUGCAGCUGCAUGUGCAUCAGCUGGAGUUGCAAUUUUGUACACAAAUGACUUGCAUUACUGCAAGAGACCACCCUUUCUCCCAUGCAGCAAGUUCCAAAUCUCCAUUGCUUUGGCAUUCAUCUCAUGGUUUCUUCUUGCCAUAUCUUCUCAUGUUAUGUUUUGGCUUUUGGCCAACGUAUGAAUUAAUCGAAUCGAUAUUCUACCUUUGUAAAUAUUGCUAUUUCUGGAACUCAUCUGCUUUUCUUGGUAGCUUCAGAAUGAUUCCUUUUCAAUAGGCCAAGUCAUAAGUUUUAUUAGUGUCUUAUGUUUCAAUGGUCUGUUUUGUUGAGUUGACGAUAUUGAGAAAAUUUGAGAGAAGAAAUAUUGUUUUGCCGCA